AUGGCAGAGCCGGUCAGUCACGAUGUGGUAAACCAAACCCGGUCGGGCGGCGAGUUCUCGCCAUCCGACGUUCCUGCGAGCAUCAACGACAAGACUUCUGCUGAAGGGGACGUGGGGAGGAUAACCAUUAAUCAACUUGACGAACAAGACAGCCCAUCAACCGGCGAACACAAGACAGCUAUGGAUAUAAAUGAGAGUGAAAAUUUCGUUGGCCAAGGCAAUGGAGUGAGUAGCGGGACUUCUGUGUCUGCAGAGGGAGGUGCUGACAACUGGCAGGAUGUGGGUAGACAAGGGCCAAACUCUGUGGCCAGCAGAGCGUUGGAAUUAAACGGUGUUGCGUCGCUCUCAGAUGGUGGUGAAGACAGCUCGCUUGGUGGAUCGGAUACCGACACAAGUCGAAACGACGGUCGUCAUCAUGCUCGGACUGGAUCUAUGAAAAAGCCAACGGCAUUUAAGCCUGUUUCGUUUGCAAAAUUUUCAGUGCCCAAAGCACCGGGAUCCUCAACAGUCCCCAAACCUGGUGACAAACGUACUAUCCAAUCAUCUUCUCCCGAGGGAACUGAGCUAACGACCAUAGCAACCACGCCUGUUUCUUCUUCUUCGAUCGCUUCUCCACAACUUGCGACACGGCCGCGCCUAGUUGCAAAGACCACGAGUGGGCUUGGGUCAUUGUCUAAGCCUAGUGCCUCUUUGAAGGCUACCUCAAGUGGCCCUGACCCAAGUCAGGUUUGGAACAAAAACAGGCCUGCCCAACCUCCGUCUACGAAGCAUCUUACCGAUGAAGAGUUAAAACAACAAUAUGGCAUCCACAUGACGUCUCGGAUACAGGAAGAUGGGAAAGCGACAGAAGCUAAGUGGGCAGACAUCGAUGAUGACGAAGAGGACUGGGCCCCGGAGACUAUCGAAUGGAACGAUGGGACAAAGAUCAAUCUCACACAUGCUGAAAAUGAUGUCCCUCCUCAAGAUACGCCACAAACCCAUAAAGCGAAGGAAGUUGCACAUCAUCCAGAAGAAAAUGUACCACGUGAGGCACCGAGGACGCUUCUAUCGAAACCGUCGACUACAGUUGGGCCGAAUGCUACUGUUCUUCGUUUGGGUGCCAGUGCAGAGAGGCAGCAACAACAAGCAAAGGCUGCCAUUGCCUCCAGAUCUGGUGGUGACAGGCCAAUGUUGACUGUGAAAAGCCCCGCGCCGCCACCAUCCAAGUCUCCGUGGGCAGCACUACCACCUGUAGAGAGAAUUUCACCCAUACACCCGCCUUUUCAAGGUGCUCAGGGCCAGCAUAUUUCUCGAAUGCCGAAUAGAGAACAAGCAGUUCCGGAAAAUGCCAUUCAUUCUAUACCUACGCGCGAAAUAGCGGCGGAUGAUUUCAACCGCUCUUGGCGAGACGAACAAUCGAAUGCUCCACGAGAGCUUUUUAAUUCUCACUCUGGCAGGUAUGAACCGGUCCCGGACAACAGGAAAGGCUCAACUCGCCAAGAAGUCCACUCGCGCGCCCCAGCGGUUCUCCAGCGGCCUGGUGGCAAUGAUCUCGCUGGUCCUGCAGAACCGUCCGCUGCGUUUCAAACUCAUAGGUCUACCCACCCGGAAAUUGGCCCUUGGACCCGUCGACGUGCCUCGUCAAAUGUUAGCGGUGGUAGUGGUAGCUAUGGCCGUCGGAUGUCGUUUGGGCGACCUGAUGGUCCUGGAAAGACCCAUGACGGUAGGCGGGGUUCUCAAGUAAAUGGGACAUUGGAACAUCCGAUACAACCAAAUGAGGCCCCUCAUGUGAAGGAGCCCGGUUUGCAGGAUAACCAACAACCUGCAGCCAGCAUACCAGGGCAACCCGGGGCGCCAAACAACGGUGCGUAUGCACCCCCAGUGUCUCAACCUGGAGCGGCACAAACCCAACCGGAAGCGCCGAGCCAGGAAGUUCCGCAAAGCUCCAGCGAAGAUUUAGUGAUCAUGCAGCAGCGUAUUAUGAAGGAAAAGAGGAUGGAGGCUCGUCAGAGGAGGAUUGAACAAGAACAAAAGGAGGAAGCAGCUCGCCGAGAACGAAUUCGUUUGAAGCUGGAAGCCCUGGGGCCUGCACCUGAAGUUAAGGCCAAACCUGAAGAUCAAGCAGAUUCUACAUCCUUGCCAGGUACACGCCCUACGGUUCAGUCUCCUCCGAAGCCCCCAGUCCCUGAACCAACUGGAGAACCCAAGCAGUACGGAAUGAUGAAAGUUCACCCACCGGAGCCGGUUAAGAAAAUUGUCCCUUCUAUUCAAGAACGUGUCGUCGAGAAGCCUUCAACGGUAUCUGCACCUCCCCGUCGUGGUGUGUCUCCAGCUCGAGAUGCUAAAGCAGAGCCCGUUCAGCCGAAUGGCAUAUUGCCACAUGGUGAAUCUUUCCCCAAAGCCCAUGGUCAAGAUGUCGAAGACUCCACAUCCGAUGAGAAAGAUUCACAAUGGAAGGGCAAUAUCAACCCUAACACAUACUCGCCUUGGACCACCGCACCAAAGCUUAGCAAUCACCCUUCUCCAAGUUCAAAUCCGUGGAAACCUCUUAGCAGCGAUAAAACUCUUGGGAACGGCACCUUCGAUCGCAGCCUAACCAACUUUUCUCCACGGGACCUGUCUCUACGCACUCCUAUCGCCUUGGCUGAGCCUACGUCUAUUGUACCUCUCCCUGGAAAUAUGGAUAAGAUGAGCGGACCCCAACCUUUUACCUCCACAAGACUUGGAAAAGACGGCCAGCCUCUAUCCGCUCUUCCCCCAUCUGAAAAGCGCCAUGUUUCAUAUGAACCGUUUCAAGCAAUCACUAGGCCACGGCCUAUUGGACCUCCAAAUACUCAUUGGGCCUCUGAACCUCGUCGUGGUGCAACCGCGGCUUGGAACAGUUUUCCUGCGGUUGCAGCCAAGCAGGACGCAGAAGAUAAUAAACGCUUCCAACGGGAGCUUGAAUCUAUGCGCGAUGAACCCUCUGCUUCGCUUGAUAUCAGUGAAUUAGCCGAAACAUGGCGCCAAGUUCAGCCAGGUGAGCAGGCUGGGAAAAGGCAAGUAGUUAGUGUGGUGAAGCAAACAGAAGCACCAGCACCUUUACCAAGCCUGCCUGGUUUCGAUGCUUCUAUCGAUGGUCUUCCAUUCACAGAGACCCAACCUCGGCCUUUUAGUAAUGUCAUUGGUCGUGGAUCCCGCUUUUUCCCUACAAUCACAGAUACACCAAAAGGUACCGUGAUCGUUGAUGACGCACGACCUCGAAGCCCAUCUCCUCCACCCCCUGAGGAGCAUUCCUCUCAUCCGGCAUUUAGUGGCAAUAUCUACCGUCCGUUGGUCAACUUACCCAUUCCCAAACCUGUCGUUAGACUGCCACCAAAAGGUAAAGCGGCACCUUCAAAGCCACCGACCUUUGCUUCCAUGGCAAUGGCUCCGCCUCGACCUACUCGCCAGGUAAACGUUGCCACAUCUUGGCAAGACCGUAUCAACGGGCUAUUAGGGAAAAACGCUGUACCUGAAAAGAGGAACACUUUGGCCGUGACUUCUGCGACCCGAGAGCCGCUCGAUGUUCAAUCUAAUCCAGCUUCAGCGGCUGUUUCGCUCCCGCAUUCACUCCGACAAGUAACCACAAUGGAACCUAGCGUUGCUAGUAAAGUGGUUUCCAAGGAGGUUGAAGAGGAAGAAGCAAUUUUCGAGGAUCGUGAGGUUGGGUCAUUGCCUAUUGUUCACAUACCGAUCAUGGCACCACCGAACGCAUGGCAUGCGGCUCUUCCUCCACCUACACGAAUGCGCCCCAAAAUUCUCAAACCCAUGCAGGUCCAUAGUAUUGAGCCAUAUGCCUUUGACCCACCGGAGAAAGACAGUUCCGGAAACUGGCAGGUUCGUGUACACCCUGCAGGAUCUACGAACGCGAAGUCGGUCGCUUUUGCAAAGAAACCCCCGGGUCCUGCAUCACGGCAGAAAGCACCAUCUAGCUUCCGUACUCGCAAACAUCCUCCCAGGUCCAGAGAUGUGUCGGCAAAAUCCAACACAACCCAAGGUUCCAAGAGGCAGACAUCAUCUACGCACAAUUCGAAACACAAUGGGCCACCCACUCGUGGUACUUAG